UUUGCUGCUGAUCGCCGCCCUGACCGGCUCCGAACCUGCCUGGGUUUGUGGGCGUGUAGCUGGAGUUGGCCGGAGCAGGACGGGAUGGUGGCUGUGAGGAGGGCAGGACUCGGUCAGCCUCCGGAACAGCAGGGACACACAGCUCCCUAUGAACGUCCGAGAAAGUGAAACCAAACCGAGCAGAAGGCAGAACUCCGGGGGAAAAGGAAAAUGGAAGAGAAUCCGAGAGUGGAUCUGCUUGGAGCUGGACCAGCCCAGGCUGAGGUGGGGAGCACAGCAGAGCAUCCUGAGCACCAAAAGCCCACCCAGGGAACACCUGGGCACCAAGGGACAGGCAGGUGGCCUGAGACAUCCUGCAAACCAGAGGAGGAGUCUACAGUGUGUGAAUCAGCUGCUGGUGGGGGAGAGACAACACUCCUGGCUUCAGCUGGUCCCACACUAGAGGAGAAACCUGCCCAGCAAAUUGAAGUGUUGCCAGAAGAGUCUGACAAAACAAGAGAAGGUGUCUCAGAAAGACCCCUGGAAAAACAGGACUUGGAUGGAGCUGGGCUGGGCCAUGAGAGUGUGGAAAGCAAAGGAGACAGCCCUGUCUACCAGGAACCACGGGAGCACCAGGAGACAAUUGGGCAACAUGAAAGUCUCUGCAAAGCAGAGGAAGAUUCCUCAUCAACAAGCAAGGCAUGGAGCUCUGGCAGUGAAGUGACACAUUUGGAUGUGACUGGGGUGGAAGAUGUCCUCAGGGGCCACUUGGCAGAGAAGAGCAGCAGUGCCACUGUCCCAGACUGGGAGCCAGAGGCACCCAGAGGGCAAGAAACACAGGAGAGCGGGUCCCAAGGCACGUUAAGGAAAAGACCAAAAGGGGACACAGCCCCAAAACCAGAGACUCUGUCUUCCCUGCAGAACAUCACCACCCAAAACAGAGAGCAGGAGAAGGCCAAAAAGUCCCUCCUGUGGAAAGGUGAGGAAAAGAAGCUUCCCUUGCAUGUUACUCAUCGACCAGAAGGCACUGAUCCUCCAGGAGCAAGGCUUUUCAUCCUGGGCCUCACAGUGCUGGGCUUCUGCAUAUUCUGCUUCGGCAGCCCCACCUCCAGCUCCCAGCAGCCCCGCAGGAACCCCACGCUGGAGGCAUUCCAGUCCCAGUUCGACCUGCUGCAGCUCAGCUUCCCGGGCCAGAGCCCCGAGCUGUGGCUGCGCGGGCGCAAGUUCCUGCGCAAGCACCUGAACGCGUCGCAGCCCUCGCAGCCGGCCAUCGUCAUCCUCACGGCCCCGCGCCGCGCCGAGCGCACCCUGCGCUGCCUCAGCGCCCGCCUGGCCGACUGCUACGCGGCCGCCGUGCACGGCAGCACGGUGCACGUCGAGGGCAGCGACAAGGCCGCGCUCCACAGCGACCAGGCCAAGCUGCAGGUGGACUCGGAGCUGAGCGAGGCGUUCCAGGCGGGCGGCCGGGCCGCCGUGGUUCACCGCUUCGAGCUGCUGCCCGCCGGCGCCACCCUCAUCUUCUACAAGUACUGCGACCACGAGACCGCCGCCUUCAAGGACGUGGCCCUGCUGCUGACGGUGCUGCUGGAGGAGGACGUGCUGGAGAGCCACAUCAGCCUCCGGCAGGUGGAGGAGAGGGUCCGUGACUUCCUCUGGGCCAAGUUCACCGGCGCCAGGAGCCCCGGCUCCUACGACCGCAUGGACUCGGACAAGCUGAGCGGGCUGUGGAGCCGCAUCUCCCACCUGGUCCUGCCCAUUCACCCCGUGCCGACCAUCGAGGAGCGGGGCUGCUCUGCCAAAGCCUAGGGACAAAAAUGGCCAGAGCCCCGAGGAGGAUUGGGAACAUGCUCCUGGCUGGCUCUGGUACGGGCAGAGGCACCACUGGUGUUUCGUCUCUUCAGUUUGUUUCUUGUAGGUUCCUGGGAAGAGUUUGACAGGAACAAGUUGAUCCAGGAUAUUUGGGCAGCUGAGUCCUGGAGGUGAUACACACACUUCCUUUUGGGAGAUGGGAACAGGGGGUGUUUUAGAGUUCCACAGGAGAACACUAACGUGUGGGGAUGCAGGAGGGAAAACAGGACCUGGCAAGAACAUCAAUGUAUGGGGAUGCAGGAGGGAAAACAGGACCUGACAGGAACAUCAAUGUAUGGGGAUGCAGGAGGGAAAACAGGACCUGGCAGGAACAUCAAUGUAUGGGGAUGCAGGAGGGAAAACAGGACCUGGCAGGCAGUGUUUCUGUCAAGAAAUAGACAAAUAAUGUUCACAAUUAGUGUGACAGAAAGAUGCUGGGAUUCAGCAGCUCUUUCAUCUCUCCCUGCCCCUCAGCUUGCUAAAGUUGUGUACAUCAGUCUCACAAUAUAUUUUAUCCAGGGAGCUGCUGGAACACAGAAAGGUCAAAUUCCUCAAGGCCCAACAUUUUGAAGGCAUGCUUGAAAAAGAAAUGCAGUUUGCCUGUCAGGGGUGUGACCAGUCAGCCCCAGUAGUGUCCCAGUGGCACAGCCUGACUGACACCAGGCAAAGCCCAGAUCCUCAAACAAACCUGCAAUUCAGACAUCCCCUAAACAUCAAUUACCAGAAAUUCCAGUUGUCAGCACUCGAACACUACCCUAAUGGCAGGGAUCCCAGGAGGGGAUCCCCUAUGACAGGGAAUAAGCUCUAGAACCAGAGAGCAGUGAAACACUUGCUGCCACUGUGAUAGUGUGAAACCUCAAGGGAUUGCACAGGUGAAAAAAUGAAUAAUACAAUGUAAUGUAAUGCUUCCUCUCUCUAAAACAAGUCCCCUCAAUCCCUUUGCCACACAAAGGCUGUGACUCUCUCCUCAGGCUGAUGCUUUGGUCCCACACAACAGAUUGUUCUUACCUGGAUCUCUGGUCUGUGUGCAGGGCUGGCAGCCUGUCCCAGCCUCUCCCCAGGUGACUUCUAUUGAUGAAUGUGGAUGUUAACAUUGGUAUUUCCAACCAUGUAGGGUAGCACACCAGCUCCUUGCCCUCCAAGGGUACAUUUGCCUCCCUGCCAGGCAGAUGGAGCUCUGGCAUCUCCCAAAGCAAGCAGAGCUGGGUUAGCUGGUAAAGACCAAAUCUCUGCCAUUAACACUAAAAUUCUUGACAGAUUUUCUGUGCCUCCUCUUCUGCAUCCUAGGAAGAGAAAUCCAAGUCCUGGAAGCACUGUGGUUUCCCCACACUGUGUUUUUGCAGUGCUGUGGGGCAGGGCAGCCAACUCAGGAACACCUGGAGGGGCAGGUGCAGGUCACAGCAUUUAUAAUAACCCAAGGGCAGCCCCAGG